CAGAACUAAUAAAAUAGAGUCUUUGGCUACAGAGAUGAGUUGCUUCAGCAGACUUUUCAAUAUGAAUUUAAAGCUGCUGUGAGAACUGCAUGUCUUUAUGUCAUCUGGUUGGACAUUCCACUGAGUUGUGGUUUUCACAGAGCAUACUGACUGCCCAAAUGCAGCAUGAUGAGGGAACUGUACAGUCUAAAGAUCUUCAGGAUCUCAGGAUAUCAAGAUGAGAGUAAACAAAGUCACAUAAUGGAGGACAGCUCGAGCCAUUUCUAAGUUUAUACACAUGACACAAAUUUGAAAGUAAUCUGAAAGAUUUUGUUUCUCCAGCAUCCUUCAAUGAAGUAUUCUUUUUAACAGUUUCUUUCAUUUCUUUUCAUAAAGACUGUGUAACAAGACUAAUCUUAGGUGCACAUAUACACACCUCAGUCAUGUUUUUUCUCAUAUAAAGAGUAUGUAAGUGUUGAUUUCUUAAUAAAGCUAAUGCAAAUAUGGAACUGCAACAUACAGAAGUUUAACUGAUGCAUGUUGUGGGUAUAUUUUUAACACACCGGAUAUUCACAACAUGACAUAAAUAUAACACAUAACAUAGUUCACAGCUACAUCUGUUUUAGUUUCUACAUUUUCUUGUGAUGUGAAGAUGUGGAGCCUUCAAAACCUGCUGUUCAUCAUCUGCAUUGCUCUGAUCUGUGCAACCAGUACAGCAGCAGUAAUCCAUGUGUCUGGAUAUGAAGAGAGAGAUGUUAAUGUUUCCUGCUCCUAUGGAGAAGGUUAUGAGUCCUAUGAGAAAUACCUGUGCAGGAAUGACUGUGGCAACAGUGAUGUUCUGGUUAAGACUACAGAAGCAAAGAAGAACAAAUACUCCAUCUAUGAUGACAAAAAGAGAAGAGUCUUCACAACGACCCUCUCUGAUCUGAGCUCUGUGGAUGCUGGGAAAUACUGGUGUGGGGUGACCAGGACUGGAAAGGAUAUCUACACUGAAGUAAGAGUGGAAGUAGAGCCAGACAGCUGCUGUGAUCGUUCCACCAACAUUCAAAGUUAUGAGGGAGGUUCAGUGUCCAUCAGUUGUUCAUAUGAGUCUGAGGACCAGAACAACCUGAAGUACAUCUGCAGAGGAAAGCAGCCCUCCACAUGUCUGCAGCAGGCACUAAUCACCUCUGACAACAAACGAAAAGGACGGUUCAGACUUACUGAUGACAAGGAGUCAAGGAAAUUCACAGUGAACAUUACCAGUUUGACCCAAGAGGAUUCUGGGUCAUACCUUUGUGGCGUCCAUAGAAACACCGGCCUGGAUGUUUUCUCUGCUGCUGAGCUGGAAGUCAAAGAUGUCCCUCACUUUACAAUUUUGAUUUAUGUUGUACCAGCAAUUCUGGUUGUCCUGUUGAUCCUGACAUUUUUCCUUGUCAUGGUUCAUAAGAACAAAUGCAACAGAGUGCCAGGAGAUGGAGUUACGGUGAACAUUAACACAUUGAACACUGCUGAAGCAGGAGUAAAGAUGAAUAUUUAUGACAUAGAAGAUUAUGUAGACAUGGCCUCCUUGAGGCCACAGGACAUGUCCCACGAUGAUGAUACAGGCAAAGACAAGUCUGUGUACCAAAACUUCACCACAACAGAAGACAUCGAUAGUCAAAUUUACGCCAACCACAGCAGCUGAGUGUUUGAUUGAAACAGCUGGCUAACAAGCAUUCAAUCUUGUUAUACUAGGUUGUUCUUUGUGAUUGUACAAAACUGGUAUAUAAUAACCAUCAAAUAUAUUUGGUACUCAGAUUCAUUGCUUCAACUUGAUUUUACUCACUUUCUUGUACUUUCACAUUCCUUAUGAUUGCUUAGUGUUAAUAUAACAGUUUGAUAAUCUGCACUGCAUGUAGGAAAAUGUGAAGAAAAACCCCAAAACUUAAUUUAGCAGUAUAUCUGUAACCUUUGUAAAAAUGAAUAAAUAAACAAAAGUAUGAGAAACAUAGUCA